AUGAUCGGAGCAGAGCACUUUCUCGGGUACGCGAGAAUAGAUCUGCAAUGCAUCAACUUCGAACACAAAAUCAAAGAAACGCAACGUAGACGAGAAUCGAAGAAGAACGUGAACCACCUUUUGGGCAUCUUCCAACGUCUGGGCUGUAAGAAUGAUGAAGAAGAGCAUGCGGUGAUUGCAGUUGUCGAAGACGAAAGCGCCCUUCAUGCUGGGCUGGAGGAACUUGAGCAAGCGGAAUUGCCCCGUUCGCUUGGCACGGACGUAGAUGUUCCGAUACUGGAGGUCCCGGUACAUGGCAUCCAAGGCUUGCACAGGAUCGCAGCAGGCAAGAAGUAUCUUAAAGGGCCAAAUAGGUGGUGGCUCGUACGUCUUUACUCCCGAAACUUAUCCAGAAGUGACACGAAACAACUCGCCAUACUCUAUAGCCACGAGCAGCCGGAGACGGACGGCGAUAUACUUUGUAAAAUCCUAAUACACAAAGGCCAGCCCGAAGAAGCGAUCUGGAAUGCACGGUUGACGCCGACAAAGCGGAAAGACCUCAAACAGCUGCUCCGCGAUGCCGGUUUCCUCGUGAAGUUUCGCCGACUCACGAAGAUCCCGAUUUUGUGGACACCGCUGGAACUAGGCAGCCUCCAUCGCCUCCUCACUCUGCGUUGUCAUGAGGAAAUCUACAACGGACUAGACCAUGUAUACGACGCAUGGACAGCAUUUCUCCGUGGGCUGCCGGACGCUACGCCGGACCGAUUCGAUGCAGAAAGUAUCGCUUUCAUCGAAGGCCUGGCGCCUGCUUCGAGCGACUCCGACCGUGACCUCAUUGAAAAGGAAAUGACAACGGGCAAGCUCUUCCCGCGAGUAAAGGCUGCAGCACAUCGAAAGACACUCCUUGAAAACUUAUUAGGAUAUCCGUACAUGAUCCCAACCAUAAAGUUCAUAUUUGAGGGUUUGAAGCAGCUAGAGCCGGCGUGCGAAGUCUUGAAGAAGUUCAUCGGGCAGAGUUCGCGCAGCACAAUUCGAAGCGGUUUUUUCGGGGCGUACGAGAACACCGAAGCCGCUCCAGUUGAACUUGGGGAGCGCCAUUGGCGCAAGGGCACGUGGCAAACAGAAGAGGCUCGGCGAGAGUUCUUGUAUAUUCAGCAAUGGGUUCGUGCCCUCCGCAACUUCUACUAUAUGACGGAUUUCACUCCCAGAAAAGAGGUUGGCAAGGCGAAGCCAGAGAUUAAGCAAGCCAGUCCGUUUCUGGAGUUCCAACUUGGCCGUCUUGCCAUGCGCUCGGGGUUCAAGACGGAAACUGCUAUGGAAUGGAACCAGCGUGAUGUGUCGAAGGAGUGGACGCAGCGCCUGUGCUGCGACAUGGAGAUCGGUUUAGGCGAAAUCGACGAUGCGACUAGGGCCCAGAUCGCCAUGAGCCUGCCGAAGCGCAGAACUGCAAGUCCUGGGAAGGACGUCAGGCUCUUAGGUACAGAGGCAUAUCCCAAGGACCGACGUAACGGCCGGCCGUACGAGGACGACUACUUUGGCGAUAGGCAAUCUUACUUUCUGUAUCCGCUCCUGCGAAAGAAUACUAACGACGACAGGCUUUCCGCAGAGGACGCCGAAGAAUACAGAACGGAGAGGCCAUAUUUUAUUACCUCCUUAUUUGCACGGCGAGACCUCUUGUUCUGUUUCUUCGGCCAUAAUAUUGUUGACCAUUUACCAUCCCAUAUAGAUGACGAUCCUUACGACGACGAUGACGAUGAUGAUGGUGGUGGCGGCGGCGGCGGCGGCGAUGAUGUUGAUGUUGACGGUGAUGGCAAUGAUGGUAUUGCUAGUAGGGAUGAGAGUGGUGGCGCAGGCGGUGGUAUCGAUGAGAGUAGCAACUCAGUCAGUGACACUCCCAUGCCUGAUGCAGACACAGCCGCUUCCGAGGCGGAACUCCAGAGUGCACGAAUGCAGCUGGAACAGGCUCAGAAAGAGCUCUCGCGUUUGAAUGCAGAACUCGUGAGAGUACGCGACGAAGCCAGUGCAACAGAGUUAGCACGCAGCGAAAUGGAUUCAAAGAAUAAAGAACUUCAACGACAGAUUGACGACCUGGCAAAACAGUGGCGCGAAGCUGAGUCGAAAUUCGCUCAAGAUCUUAAGAUUGUCACAUCAUCACGCGACACCGAAGUAGCGAAGGCCAUGUCACUUUUAGAAGAAGAAAGAAAUAAGCUCAAAGCAGAAAGAGAGCGUGAAUUGAAACAACGAUCCGUGACAAUUGGGCAACAGCCUCUCUCAGCAGGAGAAAGAAAUAAAGGUAAAAAAGACGCAACUGCUCCGCCAAAGUCUCCGCAGCAGAGGCCCUCAACACCAGAAGUCAGAGCCGGCCAUGAUUUUACGGCAAGAUACACACCCUAUAGCCAAGAGCUUAUACAGCACAUCGGCACAAUCAUGCGGGCUUCUAGUGCUACUCAGUUAAGUCCGCAGGGUCUUCGCAAGUUCCCUGGCGGAUAUGGGAUAUACACCUUGAAUUUCGAACUAGCUAAUGGCGAGUGGUAUUGUUUCACCGAUUUGAUUAAUGGCACCGUCCUCCCAUAUCUAUUCGAAAUAUUACAGACACCAGAGGGGUUUGAGUGGCAAAUUUCUGCUGUGGAAAUCCUAGGCUCAAAUAAAGUUAUCCCACCUCCUACAUCGCUCGAUGAGCUGCAGGAAGCAGCUAAAAACCAUGGGUCACUGUGGAUUUCCCAGCUGGUAAGAGAUGCGUAUUCUAACGAUAAUACCGAUGGGUCUUGGUGGCCGGUUGAAGGUAGGAAAAGGGUGAAGCGUAAUGAUGGCUUGGCGAGAAGCACUUUCCCGUUGCUGGCGUAUGAAAAUACCCCUUCCCCUGUGGAGGACACCGAGGCCGAAACAGCUGUAACUGCAUCACCUUCUAAGAGAAAGCGCACGGAUAGCGACGGCUAAAGAUGGGGAGAAGUCAGUUAACUUAGUAACUUAAAUAAUAUCUAAUUCAGUUCGAUU